GUUUCCCCUGGAUUACAACAGGAACGAAUUUUCAACAUGUAUGGUGCUGGUGACACGAGACAAGUAGAUGAAGAGACGUAUAGGAAACGUGUGGAUAAAUUGGUGAUUCCUCGCUAUGUAGGCUACAUAUUGUUACCAGCCGGUAUCAUUAACAUUAUUCUCGGCAUUGUAAUAUUUGUUUUUCUGAACACGUAUAAAUACCCGCUGUCAAGCGGAUAUCAAAUAUGGACGGGUAUACUAGGAAUAGUUAUUGCGGUAUUCGGAAUAAAACUUGGAGCAAUGACUGAGGAUUUUAGAGCAGAAACCGUCAGCUGUGAAUUCAGAAAAAUGUUUUUUGCAUUCUUCUGGUCCAGCAAUACUGUUAACUGGUUAGCCACCCAAGGCGUUGGAUAUUCUAUCGCCGGCACCGUUAUGUGUGCAGUAAAUGGAUGCUCAACCAGGAACGACCUCCUGAUCGCACUACAUGCUGUCACCAUAGCCCUUACUUUGACUAUAUGUGUUGGUGGUUGGUUUGGGCAAGGCUUUUAUUAUAAAUUCCGGAAGACGUAUGGUAUUCUGACUGACAAAGAAGCAAUGCAAAUUAACAGCAACGUCAUGAAGGCCUAAAGCAGCUCUACCUGAAUAGAUUAUGACCACAUUCGAAAUCAGACCAGGACGUGAAAGAGCAAUGUUGAUGCCAACAAGUUUAAUUGGAAGAUUUAAUGUUAGUAUGAACACUUAUGGAAAUAUAAGUCUCAUUUUGCAAUGUCCUGAAUAUGAAAUUUAUAUACAACAAGCUUCCGAAAAAAAAUUUUCGGGGAUGUGAAGUCUGUUUAUACACAAACUCAUUGAAUGUAGAACUGCUUGGCGCUAAACGUCAACAUUCAUGAUAGAUGGUAUCCUGAUUAUGUGUAUUUGGAGGCAAUUUUAAUCUUUAGUAUUUCCGCGUAAGAAGUAGCAGGUUCCAAAUAUGCUAAUAGUCAGUUUGUUGAUGUGAACAUCAAGAGAAAUUACAUGGUACAGUCAUCGUUGGCUGGUCAUAAAGACGACAUGUUAGUGAUUUAUUAGAUACUGACCAGCAUUACUUAACUCGUGUAGUAAAACCAAUGUCCUGUUAUAUACGUAUAUAUAAUGUUUCCAUCUCUUAAAACAGGAUAGACAGGACUUUAUCCACUACGGUAGAAUUUCAUUUUGUCUAAUAAAGGGUACGAAUUAUACAUUAUACACAUUUAGAAUUCUGUGUAAUUCAACUCAUCCAAUAGCUAUUAUCAAAUUACUCUAAAACAUUGUUCAUCUGUGACUUCAUAAGCUUGAUUAACUUGAUAUCUGAGGUAGGUAGUUUUCUGUGCAAACUACAGCAUGCCACGUACAAGGGUGAUGUUGUAAGAACAGCGUAUUAACUAUAUUUAAUAUCAAAAUUGCAUUACCUAGGUAGGGAGAUUUAUAAUAACUACU